AUGGCCGACGAAAAACCUGAAGUUGCGAUCUUGCCUGGGGGAAAUCCAUGGAGUUCCUAUAUGCCUGACGUUUAUCGGGGCAGGGUUGGUCCUCAGCCCCUGGGAACAGUGAUUUUCGAGGAGAUCGAAGCGAAAGCAAAGGAGAAACUUAAGGACCACGAAGGUGCUUUUAUGUACGCUGGUGGUAGCGCUGGUACAAACUCGACCUACCGAGCCAAUUUGAAAGCUUUCGAAAAGUGGGGAAUCAUCCCACGGAUGUUGGUCGAUGCUACCAGGCGAUCGCUAGAGGUCACUAUCUUUGGCGUAACUCAUUCGUCCCCUAUUUUCCUCGCUCCUAUCGGAGUGCAGUCGACGUUCCAUCCAGAUGGAGAGUUUAAUCCUGCGCGUGCUGGAAAGGCGCUUGGAGUACCCUUCAUCUCUAGUACAGCGUCGAGCAGGUCAUUAGAGGAAGUGGCAGAAGCCAACGGAGACGGGUACCGUUGGUAUCAACUGUAUUGGCCUAAAUCUCAUGACGUCGCCUUAUCUCUCCUCAAGAGAGCGAAGGACAACAACUUCAAAGCUCUUGUCAUAACCCUAGACACCAUGUCUAUUGGCUGGAGGCCCCAUGAUCUUGCGAUUUCGUACAUUCCAUUUGCUCAUGGGGUAGGGGUUCAGAUCGGAAAAUCUGACCCUGUCUUCAUGGCAAAGCACGGAAAGGAAGUGACGCACGAACACCCGGUGUUCCCCUAUGACCCAGCCAAAAUAGAUAAGGCCUUCGCGGCUGGUGAUCCCAAAGCUCGUGAAGAUGUUUACCUUGGUUCAGAGUGGUUGAAAGAGGCAAAUUCCGGAUUAUAUCAUUCUUGGGAGGAUCUAAAAUUUAUCAGAGAUAAUUGGGAAGGCCCGCUCCUGCUGAAAGGUAUUCAAAGCGUUCACGAUGCUGAGAAGGCUUUAGAGCACGGCGUCAACGGAAUUAUUGUCUCUAACCAUGGCGGACGGCAGCUUGAUGGAGCAAUACCAUCAUUGCUGGCUCUGGAAGUUAUCAUGAAGUCUCAAAAGGUUAGAGCGGCCCAACAAGCGGGAGAGUUGACUGUCUUGUUCGACUCUGGGAUUCGAACGGGGAGCGAUAUCAUCAAGGCUAUGGCGCUGGGCGCACAGGCGGUGCUUCUUGGUCGGCCAUGGUUGUAUGGUUCAAUUCUCGCGGGUCAGGCUGGCGUCGAGCAAGUCAUUAGACAUACUUUGGCCGAUUUGGACACUUCUCUUGGACUGGCUGGAUAUAGGAAUCUUGCUGAGAUACAAGGCAAGGGAGAGGAAGUCAUUAUGAAGAUCACUUAA